UCCUCGAGACAGCAUUGCGCAUGCGCAGAUUCCUCCCAGUUGUCUGUUGACAAACGUGACCAAAUGCAUAUCUCUGUCCCGUUUGCAAAUCCAUCGCCAAGUGGAAUAAAAUGUAAUUUCCCGGGAUUUUGUCGACGUUGCGAGGUUUCAGGUCUGAACUGAAACCAUGCUGAAGUGGUUAUCCGGUGAGGAGGGAGCGCCUGGCUCUGUAGGCCCGGGCUCCCCCCACGGUGCUGCUGCUGCUGGAGAGGUUGCUGUAGAUGAAAUGGCAGAGCGGCUCACCCAGACGGAGCAGCUUGUCACUCAGCUGAAGGAGAUGAUCCGGGAGAAGGAUGCUGCACUUCGCUCCAAAGAUGACCAACUUAAGGUGGAGAAGGAGACGUGUGAGGCCAGAUUGUCAAAGCUGCGUCUCCAGAAUAAAGCCAAGGUGACGUCCCUCACCACACAGCUGGAGGAGCUGAAGAAGCAGCAGGGAGGUCAGGGCACGCCAACACACAGCAAAAAGGGGUCAUCAGAAGGAGAGCAAGCGAGUCGGGGCAAGAUUGUCUUGCUGAAGAAGAAGGUCGAGGAACUGGAACAUCAGCUUGCACAAAGAGUGGAGGAACUGGGAAACAUGAGGAAGGACGCCGAGUCACAGCGGCAGCGAGGCGAGGAAAUGGACGCUAUGCUGAUUGAGAAAGACAAGAAGCUGGCAGAAAAAGAGGCCUACAUUGUCCACCUGCAAACAGCGUUGGCAGGAGACCAGCCCAUCACACCUGCACCACAACAACAGGUGACAGAGGACAGUGGAGCAAUGCAGGAGCUGCAGCUGCUGGUGCAGAGCCUGACCAAGAAGGUGGGAGAAGCAGAGGAGCGCUACAGUUUGCUGCAGGAGCAGGCGGACAGCCUCAGAGAGCUGCUGGCGACAGAGAAGGAGCAGUACAGUCAGAAGGAGAGCAUGUACAAACAAAAUAUCCAGACGUUCAAAGACAUCAUCAUUCAGAAAGAUAACCAGCUGACGGAGAUAAACCAGAUGCAUGAACAAGAGCUCUUCAAGUUAGCAGCAAAGUCUGAUGCCAGUGCAGACUUAGAGCAGCUUCUGAAGGCUCUAAAACAGAAGCUUCAUGAGAAGGAGGAGGUGCUGCUGGGUAAAACCCAGGUCAUUGACGUUCUCCAGGGAGAGGUGGACGGCAGGGACCAACAGAUAAAGGAACUUGCUGAGCGGCUGCGUCGGCUACAAGUAGAACGAGAGAGCUUGGAAUCCAAGAUGGAGGCAGAGAAGCAUGUGAUGCGAGCGCAACUUCGUGACCUGAUGGAGAAGCAGCAGGCGGAGGUGCAGCGAAUGGCUGAGCAGCAUCAGGCACAGAUGGCCCAAACGCAGCAGGAUCUCCUGGGGCAGCUGGAGGAGAUGAGGAGGGCUGCGGUAACAGCGCCACCUGCCAGUCAGGAGCCCUCAGCAAGUGGAAACGUGCCCGCAGAUUUAGCCUCCAUACAAAGGAUAGCUGAGCUGGAAGCCCAAUCGAAGCAGAAAACGGAUGAAGCCACCAGAUCAGAUGCCAAGUUCCUGAAAAUGAAAGCCUGGUCUAAAUCUCGGAUCAGACAGUUGGAGGAGGAGUUAAAGAAAAGCCAGGCUGGAGGUGCCCCCCCUGACCUGACUGCCCUGCGGAGUCGUAUCACAGCACUGGAGGAGGAGAGAGAGGAAAACAUCUGGAAAGUGGAGCAAUACGAGGAGCUCAAAGCAAAGAACGACAUGCUGGAGGCUAAGCUGGUGGUGUAUGAGGAGCAACAGAGGACGCUACAAGCAGACCUGGAGCAGUUCACCAAGAGGGCUGCCUCUCAGGCAAGUGAGUCGGGCAGUGCUGACGACACUCAGAGCCAGGUGCUGGAGUGGCAGGAGAUGGUGGCUGAGGCAGUCAGCGCCAGGGACCGGGCCAAGGAGGAGAAGGCUGCCAUGUCCCUCCGCAUGAGCCACAUGGAGGAGGAGAGAGAGGCACUGGCCUCUAGGCAGCAGGAGUUGGAGGAGGAGCUGGCUCAAGCUCGGGGGCUCGGCCAACACAGGGCCAAGAAGCUGGCAGCGCGGCCCAACGAAGCCUGCAGGAGGAUUUCGAGGAUUUUGUUGGACACCCCAUUCCAGGACCGGCGGAGCACCUCUGAGAGCACAACCCCGAUGGAGGGAGAGAACAUGGGAGGUUGGUGGCCCGAGUACAGUACUCCUGACACAGGUGUGAGACCGCUGGACAGUUACACUAGCAUGCACCGGUCAUCCGCUCAUUACUUUGGGAACCUUGAGUUGUCUUUGGGUUGA